AUGUUCCAGCUGGUGGACCUACACGGGGGCGGUGGCCUGCACCACGGGGCAGCGCUCCUGGCGCUCGGCGGUGGUGGGCACGGCUUCCCCCUGGGCCAGCCGGAGCUGGUGGAGUUGGGCCCCGUCGGGGAGCCGUCCGUCCAGAUAAUCGAGGCGGACGUGCCGCCGCCCAAGACCAUCCGCGUCACCAAGACGGUCGCCGUGGGAGUCCCGGUGCCGUACCCGGUCCGCAACGACGUCCCGGUGCCGAGAUGUCUCUGUCUUUUAGGGAGCUACGGGCCCAGCGGAGGUGGCAUAGCUGCCAGUGCGAGUGGCUUGUCCGCUGUCAAUGGGGGCAGCUAUGGGGGCGGCUACAGUGCGGGCGGUGGUGACUACAGUGGAGGCAUCGGCGGAGGUGGUGGCCUGGAUGCAGCAGCUGCGCUGGCAGCGGCAGGAAUCGGCCACAACGCAGGUGUAGGGCUGGCGGAGGCCCACCCGCACGACCUGGGAGCUGCCGCAUCCGGGGGCAACUCUGAGGAGAUCUCACGCAGCGCCACUGCCAUUGUCGGCGAGGAGACCAUCCAGAGGGCGAUUGACGCUGCAGAGGCCAUCGAGCAGGGCAACAAGGUCCCUGACCACUAG